CCCCCCCAAAACACUUCGGAUUUUCAAAAAUAACACUCUCUCCCUCUUUAGCGUCCGUGUUUCCUGAGGACUUCUCUAUCUUGGCGACGGUGAGGCCGAAGAAAGGCAGUCAGUCCUUCCUGCUGUCGGUGUAUAACGAACAGGGCAUCCAACAGCUCGGUCUAGAAGUGGGACGCUCUCCUGUCUUCCUGUAUGAGGAUCACCUGGGCAAACCUGGCCCGGAGGACUACCCGCUCUUCAGAGGGGUCAACUUGGCAGACGGAAAGUGGCACCGUGUGGCGAUCAGUGUUCACAAACAGAGCAUCACUCUGGUUUUGGACUGUAAGAAAAAGGUGACACGGACGCUAUCCAGAAGCCCUCACCCCAUCAUCGACACCAAAGGCAUCGUGGUCUUCGGGACGCGUAUCCUGGAUGAGGAGGUGUUUGAGGGUGACAUCCAGCAGCUGAUGAUUUUAUCGGACCAUCGCGCUGCGUUUGAUUACUGUGAGCACUACAGCCCCGAUUGUGAGGUUCCUGCGCCUGAACAGCCCCAGAACCAAGACCCAAACACUGAUGAAUAUAACACAGAGGAUGACAACUACUAUUACGAAUAUCCCUACUAUGAGGACAUGGACGUGUCUGUUCCGGAUAGCGGUCGCGUGGUUACGUCGGUUAUCACUAGUGGAACAGGAGGCUCCAGCAGUUCCUCGAGUAGCUCCUCGUCCUCCUCUUCUUCAUCCUCUUCAUCCUCCAGCUCUACCACGACUACUGGCGAGGAACCGUACGACGGCUACGAUGGAUAUGAGACUGGAUAUGAAACAUACUAUGACGAGUCGACCUCGCAGCCUGACGGCUCCCGGACCAUCAGCAUCACUAGCACAGGCACAGGUACCGGCGGAGAAGUGGAUAUCGGACUGGGCGGUGAGGUGGAUUUGGGACUGGGAGGAGACCUGGACAG